UGUGACAUGUUUUGUAUACAAAUUAAUCGCAAAAAUAAAUUUCCAGAAAAAAUGGCGGAUCCAGAGGAAGAUGGAGAAUCAGAGAAAAGAUAUUUUAAAUUAAAUGUUCAUACUCCGUCCUUCUUUCCGGAAGAUCUUAUUAUCAGAAGUGAGGAUUUUCCUGAUAUUGUGCCAGGAGAUGUUGUGGAAAUAUAUCACGAGGAAGAAAAAUUUUCAAGACUUCUUCUGCAGGUUAAACCAGAAAAUCUCUACCCUGGCAAUAAUUUGAAAAACAUCGCUAAGGAGGUUGUGUAUGUUGAGAAAUCUAUUGCAGAAACCUUCCAUCUUCUUAACUUUAAAAAUGUCGUCGUCAAUAAAAUAGAAAAGGAGAAAAUAAGUUUGGAUGUGGUUGAACUUCUCUUUAAGGACCAGUACAUGGGUAGAAGUGAGAUGUGGAGACUAAAGAACAGUUUAAUUAACUCAGUUGUAUUUAUCAACAAGAAAGUCAACUUCUGUAAGGAUACUAUCCGUUGUACUGUACUUGAAAUGUGGAACCAAGGAGAGAAGCUGGCCUGCGGUCUAGUCACACAAGAUACCAAGGUUGUGUUCCGGUCAACCACUGCUAUGGUUUACUUAUUUAUCCAGAUGUCUAGUGAGAUGUGGCAUUUUGACAUGAAUGGCGAUCUUUAUUUUGAGAAGGCUGUAAAUGGAUUUCUAUAUGAGAUGUUUUACAAAUGGAAGAAGACAGGAGCUGCCCACGAGGUGACAAUUGUCCUAUUCUCUAGAAUAUUUUACGACGCUAAGGAUUUGAGUGAGUUCCCACUCUACAUGACUCCUUGUCUUCAAAAGGAUUAUAGAGACCGAUUCUAUGAGGAUUUUUACCGAGUAGUUGUUCAAAACGAGAAGUUUGAGGAUUGGUUUCCCACCCUCAAUCUUCUUCGUCAGACAUUCACAAACUACAAGGAACUUGUCUUGAACUAUCACCAGAGACCAGGUGUAUCCAUACCGCGGGCAUACAAUUCUACAGCAGCUCAGGGUAAUUUCCUGGAAACAUUAAAUAUUUCAUUAAAUACAUUCGAGAAGCAUUUUAUCAACAGAAACUUAGAUAGAACUGGACAACAGGCGAUGGUGAUAACGCCAGGUGUUGGAAUUUUUGAGGUGGAUCGAGAUCUAACCGUGAUCACUAAACAGCGGAUGAUCGACAGUGGUGUUGGAAGUGAUCUUCUGUGUGUAGGAGAACAACCUCUACAUGCUGUACCGCUCUUCAAAAUGCACGCCAAGCAUGGUGGACACCAUGAUAGACAAGAAGACUUCUCAAUGCCUUGGUGGAUAAAUCUAUCAUUUUAUACCUCAAAUAAGAAAAUUGGGUACUCAACCUUUAUUCCUCGUAUCAAGUUGCCGCCCUUGAAGAGUCAAGCAGUAAUGGAAGUUGAGAAAUCUUGCUACUUUCCAGCAUCUGUAGUUAGCUCAGCAGCUCCCCAAUCUCCAUUUGAGUAUGAUGAAUAUGAUGCUCAAGUCUUCAACUUGCCUAGCAACAAACCCUUUACAUCAGGAAGUUUAACCCGAUUGAAGAAGCAGGUUCGAAGGAAUAUGAGAAAAGGAAGUUCUGAAAUGAAGAAAGAUCAUUUUAAAAUAGAAUCUCAUCGAAAAUCCUCUAGACAGGGAAGCUAUGAUGAUAGUUUCUAUUUAAUGAAGAAGGAUUCUAGUCGACAGAACAGUUUAUCUAUAACUCCAUCAAUAUCUAUACCAGCGGGUUUAAAGGAGUCAGGAAAGGGAGCUAUGAUGAUGAUUAUCUAUUUGUCUAGAGGUAUGCUGAUGAUAAUCCAUUUGUCUAGAGGGAGCUAUGAUGAUGAUUAUCUAUACCCAAACUCAGUUAGUACAUACACACAGAGGAUGUAUCAUCCAGCAGGUCGAGCUUUGAUUAACCCAUUUGACGCGAGCCAUGUGACCGUCAAGUUGACUUCUAAUAGAAGGAGAUGGACUCAUAUUUUUCCGAAAGGUCCUACUGGAACACAUAAGCAAGCAGAGGAUAGAAUACUGGCACGUUUAUCCUCUAGAGGAUCUGAGCAUAAAAGAACUGAAGGAAGACACAGCCCUGCAGACUCAACAUCAUCAGGUUACUACUCAACCUUGAAGUUUGAUUGGUUUAAGCAAAACUUGAUUAAAGGGUACCGUUGUGUAUCAAGCAUGGACUCUUUAUCACCACUACAGUUCCUGAAACAGCGAGUUUUUAACUAUUAUUAUUAUUAUACUAUAUAUUUGUUUAAGGGUGAGUUCCAGACGAAAAUACUUCGUCACCGGUUAGUUUCUAAUUCUGAAGUAAAGUUUGGAACUUUUAUGUGGGGAGCUACUGGAGAACAGACCCUGGAUGCUACUAUAGCUACUGGUGUAGACUGGAAGUCUAUAACCUACCCGGCCUGCCUUCCGGUCACCACGGACUAUAAACCUGAUCAACGAACUUUAGAAACAGAAUACUUGAUCAGUGAAUAUAAUCUUUCUCCUGAUGAACAUAAUUCUGAACAUAUGCCAAGAUCACCUUUACAGAAACCUCCACUCUCAACAAGAGAAGUGUUCACGGAGUUAAUAUCUCAGAGGUUAUCCCAGAACUUCCAACUAAUCAUUAUAAAGAAUGAAUCCUUGGAUAAAACUGACGGUAACAUGACAAACCCUAUGAAUAGCUCUGGUCGGGUUACAUCCCUGGUACGAACCUUCAAGAAGCCUGCAAGCGAGGAAUACUGGUUGUCCAUAGGGAAAAUUUUUCACAAACUUUCCCUAACGGGACAGAUGAUAAAUGUUGUAAGGUACUCCCCGAAACACCCGUACCCUAACCUACACUACCGAUACAUGUACAGGUUUCUUGCUCCAGAUAAUGAUACAUACGAGACGUCCUGGGUAGAGUUUAACAUGGAGAAGCUUGAAACCUACAACUGGAACUAUCUGGACUUCUACGUGUGUACAAGAGGAGAUCAGGAUUAUUAUCUGUCUGAAAGCUUAAAGUACUGGAGGUACAGGAUGUAUGUUCUACCCCUCAGACCGUUUGUACCCUACACCAAGGCUAUAAUUGAAGGUCCAGAGGAUAUGAGGUGUGAUAUAUAUACUCGAGUAUAUCUGGAGGACAGGGUUAGUUUAGCUGAAGGAUUUCUCAAGUUUAUAGAAACCUGUCUGAAUAAGUUGAAGCGUCCAACCCCGCUUCCUGUUGAGAAACAGUUCCUUAAAGGAAGAAGCAACACUAUGGCUGGAGAGCUAAAACCUCCAGGCGCUAAUGAAAGAUCAAAGUUCCGGGAGCGAUUAGGCUCUAAUCGAGCAGUAGAGCGGAGUGGGCGGGAUAGAGCAGUGAGUGGACCGCCUAGACCUAUAGAAAGGGCUAGAACAGAGAGUGGUAGUGCUAGAUUGGAACCUGAUCUAAUUAAACCUCUGGCAAAUAUUCAAAUCUCUGAUUCAUUCAGUGAUAGCCAGGAGAGUGUAUUUAACACGUCAGUGGGAAAUCUACAGGAUUAUCAGCUAGUUCGUAAAGCUAUUUGGAGAGAUGCUUUUCUAAACCCUCGAGUUAAGGAAAAUGAAUUUAAACUUCUGCGGAGUAGCUGCACUAAUGAGGAGAUUGUAGAGGCGAUGCGGAGUGUUCCAACAGGGUUAACAAUAUUGCCUAAACAGGAGGCUCUACCUAAUCAUACUUUUGUUAGCGCUGAUGCCGUAGUCUGGUUGAUCGAGCAUGUUGAAGGAAUAGACGAGGAAUCCUCGGCAGUACAGUUGAUGAGUAGCCUUCUGAAGGAUGGAUAUAUCUGUCAUGCUUCCGGUCAUCCUUCUCAUCCGUUUAUUCAUGGAUUCUACCUGUACUUCUUCAACACUAAAGAGAAGGAUGGAGGAUCUAUUUACAAUGGGGACUGGGAGGCAUUUCAGGCGGACUGGAUGGAGGUUGAGCUUGACUAUUGUAGACCUCAAGGAGAGGAGGAAGGAGGACUACGCUUCCUUGAAGAGAAUCUACCUGACCGCUAUACAGGAACUGAUAAAUUUAGAGCCUGUUCUUUGGAUCCGGAUAUAUCAAAGAAAUCUGAACGCCCUGAAUGGGGAGAGGUCAAAUACCAAUCAAAAUACAGGCCGGACCAAGCAUUUGAAAUCUUGAUAAAAUGGAGUGUUGCAACCGGAGCGCUUUUAGCGGAGCUGAUUAAAACAUGGACUAUCAGAGCCCAGACUAAUCAGCUGUUUAUUAUUCCAAUACCUGGAGAUCCUUUUGCUCUUCCCUCACAGAACUCUGAUCCUAUCCGGGGACCAAUAUUCGUUCCUCUCAACACUGAUUGCCUACGGGUUGGAGGAGAGCAUCUGUUCUACAUGUUCCCAGAGUCAACUAGGGACCAUAGGCUCUUCCUUUUCAGGGAGGAGAUUGUUAAAAGGAGAUUGUUAGAAACCAGUAUACAGGAUUAA